AUGAUUUGCUCCUCAGUUACGGAGCUCCGAAUUCUAUGUAGGAUCUCACCACAGAGGAGGCGUCUCAGAUUCCACUUUCAGGGUUUGCAUUAUUCCGCAACUUAUCGCCUGGUAUCUAGCGGCCAAAAAAUCAAAUUGAUAGAAAAGGCCUUUCAAGAUGAUGAUUCGCAAGGCUCGGACGCCACCCGAAAGUACUUGCCAAGGCUCUACGAACUAUCAGGUCUUCUGAAAAGCACACGAAACACCUCGACUUCGGAAGCUCAUAGUGAUUUCAACACCGAGAGAUACAUCAAGGACAGUUUCGGGCCGAGUUUUGGAUCUUUGCCAGGAGCGACACCAACACAAAGAUAUAACAUCUAUGUGGCUUCCACCAUCCGGUCCUGCGAUACAACGGCAAAUUGCUCCAAGCUUGCCGCCGCAGCGCCACAGGGCGUUCAAACUUCAUUUGAAAACGGCAAUCCGGUCCCUGAUUCUGUGCUUAUCAGGGAUUCCAUCACAUCCCCUUGA